CAGUAUACACAUGUAUCACCAGGCGAUGAUUGGCUUGUACUGAUCAACUGCAAUCAGUUUCAUCAAUUAUUUAUACGCCAGCAGCAUGCGACUGAAUUUGACCAUAAAAACAUUAAUCCGAAAAAGCAACCUGACUGGGGAUCCGCAAGUCUGUAAUAGAAGUAGGCCUAUACAUCGAAACAGAUAAUUAUAAUAGACCCCCCGUGACACUACAAAUCAUGCCGUCCUGAGAGAGAUUGGCGCUUGACGCAUACAACUGUUCCUCAUCUUUGUCGAGAAAUCCGUCUGUUUGGAAAAUGUGUGCACACUUCAUAAAGUUUGUUUGUAUUUUCGUGUUGAUGUUCGCUUGUGAGGGAAUCUUGGGCGAAUGGACAUGCCUACCAGAUAAAUGUGUUAAGAGCCAGUCUGUGUCACACGAUUGGGACUAUCUUCAAUUUGUUUUACAGUGGCCUCAAAGCGUGUGUCUCCAGUUCAACUAUACUGGUGGUUACGAUCGCCCCCACCAUCGCAAAACGAAAAAAUGCAUCAUUCCGAGUAACAUACGUCAGUGGACCAUUCAUGGAACGUGGCCAACAAAGACAGACACACUGAGCCCGCAGUGCUGUAAUAACUCUUGGACAUUCACCAUGGGCGUGAUCGAUGAUCUUCUCCCAGAAAUGAACCAGUCCUGGCCGAAUUUGUUUGUCGGUGGUGCUCUCGGCUCAUUUUGGUGUCAUGAAUGGGGCGCACACGGCACAUGCUGUGCCAAUCUACCAGCCUUGUACGGUGAGCAUAACUACUUCAGUAAGACCAUCGACCUCAGACAAAAGUUCGACAUUGACAACAUUUUAAGUGAUGCUGGUAUUGUCCCAUCGUCGUCAGCCAGAUACAAACUGACUGACAUCCAAAAGGCUGUCCAAAUUGCUACAGGCGCCAUCCCUAAUCUCAGUUGCUUCUUUUUGCCGAUGAAAAAGGGCUCUCUACAGUGUCUGUCAGAGAUUCGACUGUGCUUGGACGAGACGUUUGAACCACGUGAUUGUCCCGUCCAUAGUGGUAACUCCAGCAGUAACAAAUUCACUGGCUGUAAACCUAGCGUUGGGAUUUCAUUACCGCCAAUAUCCUAGAACAAUACGCCUGGAUUGUGAGACUAACCGUACUGUUGCCUUCAACGAUAAAAAAUCAUAAUGACACAUGAGAGGGCAUGAUGGUAGCGAUGUUGCAGCAGCAAGUUCUGAGGCAACAUGUGCACAUCUCACUCACAUUAAAAGCACUGCAGCUGAUUUCACGAAACGCUAGGAUUAAUCCUAUCUCGAGUUAGGACAAGUAACCCCUCCUAACUUAGGAUAAGUUCAAUGCGUCCUAGGUCUUUGAAUACGGAACUUUACUUGUCCUAUAUCCUAAGAUUAAUCCUAAGUUGGAUGAGUUUGGUGAAAUCGACGGCUGGACACCUGUGGUAAUUGUCGAUUUCACCAAACUCUUCCUAACUUAGGAUUAGUCUUACGACGAGUCCCAGCCUUGCAGUAACAUGUAAACCCUAAGAUUACUCCUAAGUUAGAACGAGCUCGAGAUAGAAUUAAUCCUAGCGUUGCGUGAAAUCGAGCCCAGUAUUCUCACUUGGUGA